AUGGACGCUACAACUCUCGAAAUUAUACUCAAGAGGCUUCAGGACUCCAAUCAAGAAUUCCUCAAGAGCGUCUUGGAGCAAAAACCCGUAAAACAAUCAUUCAUUUCUUCUUUCAAAUCCUUCGACAAAUCUAAAGAAACGUGGGCCACGUAUCUUCUUCAGCUGGAACAACACUUUAUUGCAAACAACGUAAUUGAAGACGACACAAAGCGAGCUUGUUUGCUUAGCUGGAUUGGCGGCAACUCUCUGGACUUACUUCAAAAAUUUUAUGGGGAAAAGGUUGCGCAAGUAUCUUUCGGUCAAUUAAUUGAAAAACUCACUAAUCAUUUUGAAAAAAAGCCUCACAUGCUUGCAUCUAGAUUCAAAUUCUAUAGGACGUUCAUGCAACCUAACCAAACUUAUUCGGAUUGGGUUGCAGAAUUGCGUGGAACAGCCAAAGAAUGCAUGUUUGUCUGUGAAAAAGCAGGAUGUGGAGAAUCAUACGUAGACUCGAAGAUUAGGGAUAUGAUUAUCCUAUAUACUCCACAUGAUAAGGUUCGGUCAACUGCUCUACAAAAAGAAAACCCAACACUGGAAGAGGUUAUUCAAAUUGCACAACUCUACGAAGAAACUAUGAAAACAUGCAGUGAGCUUAAGGGUGAGCAGAAAAGUGAAGCAGAGGUGAAUGCUGUGCACCGAUCAACACAUCAACGAUCAAGAGGUAAGCGGGUAGGUAACUAUUGUACUGGGAGUAAGAAUGUAGUUAGACAAAGUAAUAAGUCGUGCCCAGGAUGCGACAUCUCUCAUCAACGAUCGGAGUGCUUCCAUUAUAAAAAAAAAUCGAUCUGUAAGAAAUGUAAAAGAGUCGGGCACAUUGCAGCCGUAUGCAUGUCAUCAAAAGUCCCAAAUUCAACUCAUCAUAAUCGAUCAUCCCAGUCAAACAAUCGGAAACCAGAGGUCUCAAAGUGGCAGAGCAAAAAUCAUGAAACUAUAAAUCAGAUAAAACCCUUUGAAACCGUAAGUACUGUUGAUCUAUUUGAUUCACUUGUGUCACAAAUCGAAGUCAAUCAUAGUAGCCCUAUACAUUCAGAUAAGCUAUUCGUAGAUGUAAGCGUCAAUGAGAAAAUUCUUAAGUUCCAAAUAGAUACAGGUGCGUCGUGUUCACUUAUUGGUCUUGAAGGUUUGAAGCAACUGAACAAUCCCUUGUGUUUACCCACAACAAAGAUUUUAAAAACAUACGGUGGUAACAUCUUACCAUUGAAAGGCACGAUAUUAGUCGACGUAGCCUUAGCGUCAUAUCAUAAAAGUUUGAGUUUAACAGUCGUUGACAGUCCCAGUGCAACCAACAUCCUAGGCAUGGAUUGGUUUCAAAAACUGGAAUUCGGCAUACAAAUGCCAAAGAACAUGAACGAGUGCAGUUCUUCAACCCCUCAAUGUUUCAAAGUAGACCAAAAAUCUCUUAAGGCAGAUCUCGAAGCUCUUAAAAUUAAAUUUCAGUCCACAUUCUCAUCCGAACUAGGACUCUGUUCCACGUAUAAGGCUAACAUAGUAUUAAAACCAAAUGCUCAACCAAAGUUUUACAAACCCUACAAUCUACCAUUCGCACUUUAUGAAGACGUCCGCACUGAAAUUAACCGAUUAGUAUCCCAGAAUAUCCUCAAGCCAGUGAACUCGAGUGAAUGGGCCGCACCAAUUGUGGUAGUAAAAAAACAGAAUGGCAAGAUAAGAAUUUGUGCUGAUUUUAAAGUCACUGUAAAUCCACAAAUUGAAAUUGAUCGAUAUCCGAUACCACGAAUCGAGGAGUUGUUUCACAAACUAAGCGGUGGCCAGUUAUUCACUAAAAUUGAUCUGAGUGACGCUUAUCUUCAGAUAGAACUCACAGAGUCUUCAAAAAAGCUGAUGGUUAUAAACACUCCUUUUGGCCUUUUCCAAUUUGAACGAUUGCCAUUCGGAAUUGCGAGUGCACCUGGCAUCUUUCAAAGAAUCAUGGAAGGUGUAGUAGCUGGUAUACCUGGAUGCGCAGUAUACCUCGAUGAUGUCAUUGUCACUGGUAAGAAUAAUGAAGAACACCGAAAUAAUGUCGAAACACUCUUAAACAGGCUCGCCGCACAUAACCUCAAAUGUAGACAAGAAAAGUGUCACCUUGCGCAAGACAAAUUAGAGUAUGUAGGCCACGAAAUCGAUGCAAAAGGUAUUAGACCAACUGAAAAAAGAAUAGAAGCAAUAAAGUUAAUGCCAGAACCAAAAAACAUAACGGAAUUAGAAUCAUUUAUUGGCAAAAUAAAUUAUUACAACAAGUUUAUUCAAAAUUUUUCGUCAAAGGCCUCAGCCUUGAAUCAACUUAGACGACACGACAAGAAAUUCGUGUGGGGAACAGAACAAAGUACAGCUUUUAAUUUAUUGAAGAACGAUAUCAUCAAUGCGGUUCAAUUAAUUCACUUCGACGAAAAUGUUCCUCUCGUGUUAGCAACUGAUGCGUCAAAAACGGGAAUAGGAGCUGUUCUUUCACACCGCUAUCCAGACGGCACAGAAAAGCCAAUUUCUUUCGCAUCGAAAACCUUGAACGAGCAUCAGGCAAAAUACUCUCAAAUUGAAAGAGAAGCCUUAUCAAUUAUCUUCGGCGUUACGAGAUACCAUCAGUACCUCUAUGGCAGACAGUUCAUUUUGCUCACCGAUCAUCAAGCACUUGUCACUCUUUUCCACCCAUCAAAAAAACUACCGGUUAUGACUCUUCAUCGGCUUCAACGUUGGGCAAUUAUUCUCCAGGCCUAUAGUUAUACGAUUCACUACCGCAACACAAAGAAUCAUGCAAAUGCUGACGUCUUAUCACGCCUACCCAUGGGAGAUGACAUUGAAUUUGAUAACAGAGAGAAAAAAAUGUUUACAGUUGACCAGAUUUAUGAGUCAGUUAUCUCAGAUUUUCCAAUAAGCGCAGAAAUCAUCGCAGCACAUACUAAAACAGACGAAACUCUCAGUCGCGUUAUACAUUACAUUCAAAACGGAUGGCCACAGAAGCUAUCUAAAUCACAGGUAAAUUUAAUUCCAUAUUUUCAUCGAAAGUUUGCUCUUUCUCUGCAGAGUGGAGUAUUGCUUCUGCAAACAGAGCAUACCCGCGUCGUCAUACCGAAAUCGCUCGAAGACCAGGUUCUCAAAAUGCUUCACGAGGGUCAUUGGGGCCAAACUCGUAUGAAACAACUAGCGCGCAGGUAUAUAUGGUUCCCGAACAUUGAUCAAGCGAUUAAAAAUUGUUCAGAAGCUUGUUCAAACUGUGGUCUACAUGCAAGUCAACCGAAGCAACAAUAUUCAUCCUGGCCUGCGGCAGCUGGACCGUGGGAAAGAAUCCACAUCGAUUUCGCAGGUCCUUUUUUCUCUCGAAUGUGGCUAAUUGUUAUAGAUUCUUUUUCCAGUUUUCCAUUUAUUUUUGAGCUGUCAUCGACAACAACAGAAUCUACAAUUUAUGCUUUACAAAAAAUUUUUGCAAUCGAGGGACUGCCAAGCACAAUCGUUAGCGACAAUGGCCCGCAGUUCUCAUCAGCCAAGUUCAAAAUGUUCUGCAAGCUAAAUUCCAUUGAACAUGUGAGAACAGCACCAUUUCACCCAGCGUCAAACGGUUUAGCUGAACGCGCUGUCCGGACAUUCAAGGAAUCUUUCAAAAAAAUAAUGCAGGAGGAGAAUGACCGAGAGAAGGCUUUAUACAAAUAUCUCAUCACAUAUCGAGCGACACCAAUCCAAUCAUCAAAAAAAUCACCAUCGGAACUCUUGCACGGCCGCCAGCCUCGCACCAUAUUUUCGGCCAUGUUUCCAGAAAAUCACCAAAGUCAGCAUCAGUGUACUAAAUUUGAAAUCGGCCAAAAAGUGUACGCAAGAUCUUAUAUCAGAGGUAAUCGUUGGAUCGCUGGACUGAUAACCAAGGUAGUCGGUCGGAUGAUGUUCAUCGUACAAACAUCUAGAGGCAACGUCAAACGUCACCAAAAUCAACUGCGAGCACGAAAAAAUACAGAAAACGGAGACGACGUUAACACUGACGAUCUCGACAUCGAUUUGCAUUUGCGUACAGACUCAUUAUCGUCACCCGACAGCUCUUCAUACAGCGAUGUUCGAUUAGACAACGAAGUAAGAAGUGGUUCCAGCCCCAUGGCAUCGGGCAGUCAGAUACCAGGACUUCAAAUUGAACAGCAGAAAAAAACAGCGCAGAUGACUGAAUCCACAGCUACGCCUACACUCAGACGUACGGGAAGGAUAAGGAAAAAACCAGUCUUCUUUCCAAAUUAA